AUGGUCGGCCUCACUUCUGCUGCCGGCCUGGUGGGCUUCUUGUCCGAGCCAGACCCGGCUUUGCAGGCGUUUGCGCUCGAGCGACUCAACACUCAGAUUGAUGCUGUAUGGACAGAGGUAUCAGGUUCCAUCGGUCAAAUAGAGGCCCUCUACGAAGACGAAUCCUUUUCACACCGCGAGCUCGCCGCUUUGGUUUUGUCAAAAGUCUACUACCAGCUGCAAGAGUACGAUGAGUCGAUGGUCUUCGCCCUGGGUGCGGGCAAGCUGUUCAACUUGGACAACGCCGGCGAGUAUGAGGAGACCAUUGUAGCCAAAUGCAUCGACACGUACAUCUCGCUUUGCGCGCUACACAAUCCUCCCAACCCUGCGUCUGGCAAUGCUCGCCAAGGUUCAGCCGACUACGACAACGCCAACGCUGCUGGAAGCUCGCCUACCACACCUUUCUCGCAAUCCGCCAUACCAUCAAAGUCGCUGCUAUCGCGAGAGGAUGAGAAGGCGUGGGACUCUUCUGCACCGGGUGGAGGCAACGCUGGGGUUCCAGGAGCACAUCCACAUCCUUUGACUUUGCCAAACCCGGUCAAGAAGAAUCUGCAGACGGUCAUCAGGAGGAUCUUUGAGAGCUGCUACGAGGUCGGCGCUUACAAGCAGGUAGUUGGCCUGGCAGUUGAAGCUCGAAACAUGGAGGUCCUCAAGGAAGCCAUCCUUCGAUCGUCCCAAGACGAGAAGAGCAAGGGCAAGAAGGCUGCAACUUCAGGACCUGGCCAGGCGGAGGAUGUCAUGGAGUAUGUUCUCGACAUUUGCAUGAACGUCGUGCAGGAGCGUGGACUGCGAAACGAGAUUUUGAAGCUCAUCCUGGACAUGCUGAACGAGAUCCCUAGCCCAGACUACUUCGCCAUUGCACGAUGCGUCGUCUACCUCAACCAGCAAUCCAUGGCCUCGAACAUGCUUCGUCAGCUGGUGCAAAAGGGUGACGGCAAAUCGUUGGCUAUCGCCUACCAGCUCUCCUUUGACCUUUACGAGAACGGCACACAAGAGUUCUUGCAGAAGGUCAUGGACGAGCUGCCAGAAGACGAGUCCGAGAAGACUGAAGAGGCAACGAUGAACGGCAACGCCGUCCGACCUGCGACUCCACAUCGGAACCAAAGCGACAAUGCCACCGAAUCCGACCAGCUUCUCAGCGAACUAAACGAAUCCGCUGGCGCACCUCAGACUUCGACCAUCGUCGCAUCGAGAACAAAACCGAAGCCAGAGACUGAAGAUCAAAAGAAGGCAUUUGCGUCGAUCAAGGACAUUCUACGUGGCACAAAGAGCAUCGAAUUGAACUUGGAGUUCCUCUUCAGGGCAGCACAUACGGAUCGCGCCAUCUUGAACAAGAUUCGAGAUUCUCUCGAGGCACGCAACUCCAUUUUCCACACCUCUGUCACAUUCGCCAACGCGUUCAUGAAUGCCGGCACGACAGUAGACACAUUCUUCCGCGACAACUUGGAGUGGUUGGGCAAGGCCGUGAACUGGAGCAAGUUCACAGCGACGGCGGCGCUUGGUGUGAUCCAUCGUGGCAACCUCAACAAUGGCCAGAAGCUUCUUGAGCCAUACCUGCCCAAGGAGAACGCCAACUCGGGUGCUGGCAGCACUUACAGCCAAGGUGGUUCGCUUUAUGCACUCGGUCUCAUCUACACCAACCACGGUACCCACGUCCUCAACUACUUGCGCCGUCAAUUCAAAGCCACCCAAGAAGAGGUCGUACAGCAUGGUGGAGCUCUGGGACUGGGUGUUGCUGGUAUGGCCACUGGAUCGGAGGAGAUCUACGAAGAGCUCAAGAACGUGCUCUACGCAGACUCAGCUGUCAAUGGUGAAGCUGUGGGCUUAGCCAUGGGUCUGGUCAUGCUCGGCACCGGCAACACACGUGCAGUCGACGAGAUGCUUCAGUAUGCCCACGAUACGCAGCACGAGAAGAUCGUACGAGGUCUUGCCUUGGGCAUGGCCCUCAUCAUGUACGGUCGACAAGAAGGCGCAGAUGCCUUGAUCGCCUCUCUUCUCGACGAGACCGAUCCUGCACUUCGCUACGGCGGUGUCAUGACCGUCGCGCUUGCUUAUGCAGGUAGUGGCAGCAACAAAGCUGUGAGAAGAUUACUCCACCUCGCUGUCUCGGAUGUCAGCGAUGAUGUGAGGAGAGCCGCAGUCAUGGGCUUGGGCUUUGUGCUCUUCAGGAAGCCAGGCAGUGUACCCAGAAUGGUUGAGCUGCUCGCCGAGAGCUACAACCCCCACGUUCGUUACGGUGCCACAAUGGCACUGGGUAUUGCGUGUGCGGGUACUGGACUGGAUGAGGCAAUUGACCUUCUGGAGCCAAUGAUGAAGGACUCCGUCGACUUUGUCAGACAGGGCGCUUUCAUCUCGCUGGCCAUGAUCAUGGUACAGCAAAACGACGCGAUGAACCCCAAGGUCAGCGCUCUCCGAAAGCAACUACAAAAAGCUGUCGCGGAUCGCCACGAAGAUGCCAUGGCCAAGUUUGGAUGUGCUCUUGCCCUCGGCAUUAUCGAUGCUGGUGGCCGAAACUGCACGAUUGGCCUGCAAACACAAACCGGCAACCUCAACAUGGCUGCCAUUGUCGGCAUGGCCGUCUUCACGCAAUACUGGUACUGGUUUCCUCUCACGCACUUCCUUGCAUUGUCCUUCUCGCCGACCUCCAUCAUCGGUGUUGACUCGGAUUUGGACAUUCCUAGCUUCAAGUUCCACAGCAACACGAGGCCGAGCAUGUUCGACUACCCACCAGAAGUCGAGGUCAAGACUGAGGAGGCUCCCGAGAAGGUCAAGACGGCAGUCCUUUCCACAACUGCCCAAGCGAAGCGAAGAAAGCUGGCCAAGGACAGGCAGAACCGCCGCGAGAGCAUGGACAUCGACCCUACUCCCACGACACCUAAGCCUGACGUCGACGGCGACAAGAUGGAGACUGAUGACAACGUUGUCGACACCAGCAAAUCAGGCGACGAGAAAGACAAAGAAGGCGACAAGGAGAGUAGCAAGAAGAAGCUCGAAAAGGAGAAAGUCGGCUACGAGCUGGAGAAUAUGAGCCGUGUCUUGCCAGGGCAGAUCAAGUACAUCAGCUUCCCUGCCGACGGCCGGUAUCAGCCAGUCAAGAAGCCUACUGGAGGUGUCAUUCUCCUAAACGACAACCAACCCGACGAGAGCAAGACACUCAUCGAACUGAAGGCUCGCAAAAAGACCGCUUCCCAAGCACCGGCACCUGGCACCGGUGCAGGCGCCCAGUCAUCCAACGACGCCACAAUGGCAGAAGCAGCCAUCUCCGCUCUCACCGGUGCGGCCGCCGGCGCCGGUGUUCUGAACGCCGUGGAUGAGGACGACGACGAUGGCGAGGAGGCACCCGUCCCAGACGAGUUCGAGGUGAACGAGGACGAGGCGGAGCAAGAAUAG